CGACACCGAAAGAAAAGGAAAUCAGAACAUGCCGGUGGAAAGGAAAACCAAAACAAACGUGCAUGCGAUUUUGUGGAAUUAGUUUCCGUCUGUGAUCUAAGUGUGAAAUUAGUGUAAUUUAAAGCCCCAAACUAUGAUGUGUAAUUCGCGCUAUCGGCUUCUCAGGAUUGUAGCCAAAUAUUCUACGGAUGCAUCUAACACUGAAUUUCGCGUUCUCGAUCUGAGAAAGGGUUCUGGUGAGAGUGCCAUGCAGGGUCGAGGGCGCUUCCAAAAGAGAACAGAAGGAGGGCCCCAGCUGCUUCCUCCUCGCGAAACCAGGAUGCCCAUCGACCAGGACUGGCCCAGCGUGUGGCCAGGCCCCAGGACGUUCCAUCCUGCGUCUGUUCCACUUCCCGUGCGCCAGGGCUACCCUGCUAAGGACCUUGCCGCACCGCCCGGCAAAUACGCCAACGCUGAGCUAAUGAAAAUCCCAAAUUUCUUGCAUCUCACACCGGCUGCCGUUCAGAGGCAUUGCCAAGCCAUCAAAAGAUUCUGCACGCCCUGGCCGAGUAAACUGACAAAUGAGGACGCUUGCGACAAGUACUUCCCUGUCCAAACUACCACCUGCGAUUAUUUGCACUCGUCACCAAGCAUCAGAGAUCCAUUGGCGAGAAUCGUCACGCUGCAGGUGAAGUUGUCAAGCUUGCCGCUGGAAGGAAGGACACGAGACAAGUUCUUGAGGCUAGUACAGGAGAGGUACAAUCCAGAAACUGACAUGGUGACAAUCGUCGUGGACAGAUGUCCAACCAGGAAGCAGAAUUUAGACUACUCCCAUUUUCUUCUCACCGUGCUUUAUCAUGAAUCAAUGAAAGAGGAGUCUUGGGAGCGAGAAAAGAGUCCUUUGGACAACGAGUUGUUUGAGUGGCAGACUAGUGCAUCCAGGGCAGCUAUCGACAGUCUCGCAGUGAAACAGAAGCUCGACCCUGAUUAUAUUCAGCAUUACUCUGAGGCGUUGACCAACCUCAUGAAUAAAGGUGAAGACCAGGAGACGUUGGCCGACUACAAAGAGCGCGCGCUCCGGUUGCUGGGUCACUCGAGGAAUUGAGAAGACACGAUGCGCGAGCACUCGCCAUUGAGGGUAAAAGCAAACUUGUAGUAGGAGCCGUCGGCGCAAACCACUGAAUAAAUUAAAAUUGAGGGCUA